CCCAGAGGAGACGGGUGGAGAGACAAGCCAGCAGAGAGACCACCAGGCUGAUCAUCUGCUCAGCUAUGAGCCAAAGCAGGGAUUUGCAGGGAGGAAAAGCUUUUGGACUGCUCAAGGCCCAGCAGGAGGAGGGGCUGGAUGAGAUCAACAAGCAAUUCCUGGAUAAUCCCAAAUACAGCAGUGAUGAGGACCUGCCCUCCAAACUGGAAGCCUUCAAAAAGAAGUACAUGGAGUUUGAUCUGAAUGGAAAUGGAGAUAUUGAUAUUAUGUCCCUGAAGCGAAUGCUGGAGAAACUCGGGGUUCCCAAGACCCACCUAGAGCUAAAGAAAUUAAUCAGAGAGGUGUCCAGUGGGUCUGAAGAGACGUUCAGCUACUCUGACUUUCUCAGAAUGAUGCUGGGCAAGAGAUCUGCCAUCCUGAGAAUGAUUCUGAUGUAUGAGGAAAAAAACAAAGAACACCAGAAGCCAACUGGUCCCCCAGCCAAGAAAGCUAUUUCUGAGUUGCCCUAAUUGGAGGAUGUCUGCAUGGUGGGAUGGAUGGGGCAUCUAAUGGUAACAGCAUGGAAAAAAAGAGAAGCAGUUGUGCGCCCGAGUCAAACUAAAUAAAUAAUGCUCCCCUACCUGUGCAAGUCA